AUUUUUGCUAAUGGCCUGCACUUUGUUUCAGAUUCUACACAUCUACAUGGUGGUCCAGGUCUAACAAUGUCUAGCAAACGUCAAACAAAGUUCCGCGGAUUGCUGUUAGGCUACCAAGUAUCCAAGUAUGAGCGACUAAAAAGUGAGUAUGCAAACCUAGUCACGACCAAGUCGAACAGUUGCAAGUGAAGCAAUCUCUUAAUAAGAAAAUUGUACUACUCACUCC